AUGAGAUCCCUCAUUACGAAGAAAAAUAGGAUCGAAAGACUGCUGAACGACAACAAUCUGAUGAGACGACCCUCUGCAUGGGAAACAAUUGAUCACACAGACAUCAUUGAUGAUUUUCCGACACUAUCCGAAGAAGAUAUCGGUGCAUUUCAACUGAAAUGUGCUCCAUCGUACGCCGCGGAAAAAGCUGGUAUCAACGACUUAACUGCAGCUGUUCCAUACAGUAUUCAAAGGUGUCGAUCAUUCCCCAACCUUAUCCGAGCUCUAACUCAUUCGGCUCAUAGUCAGCGGCGAAGCUACUAUCCUACGAUUCAACUCUCGUCAGAUGGAUUUCUUGGCUAG